AUGAACGUAAUUAUAAAAAUUGAAGGCCACUCCGGCUCCUUGGGCCCUCUCCCUCGGUCCCGCGGCGUCGUGCAUUUUUUCGUACAUAUUAAACCCACCCCCCGCGCCCGCCACUUCACCCCGCGACUCCUCUUUUUAAUCGAUUUUCCCGACACAAGGGGUGGAACUCCAAGCGUGAUGCAGCCUCAACCACAGGGUCUCAUCGUGGAGACUGGCAAUGGCGCCAGUGUCCUCCAGCUGCCGGCCACGACCCUUGAGCAGAUCCGACAUAUUGCGGCCGACCCUGGAGCGUCGACGCUGCGUCUGCCGCCGCCAGCAACCGAACCGCUGGCCGGUGCCCACGAGCUCGACUUCGAUCUCUGCUACGUGUGCAAGCACUGCAAAGUAGCCUUCCCGACACCGGCUCCAUUGCAAGCGCACCAAGCUCGCUCCUGCUACGCCGGCCGUGAAGCAGCGCGAGGCGUAAUCCGUGUGGUCCAGCCUGCGCUAGAAUGCCGCACGUGUCCUGGCGAACGGUUCCGCACAGCUCUAGAGUUCCGCAGACAUGCGGAAACUGACGCCCACCGCGGCGCUGUGCCGCCUGCGCCCCCGCCGGAGCUCACUCAUGAAAUGGAGGAUGUCGUGAACCAAAUCACGCUGUUGGCUGCACGCGCGGCGCAAGAGACGCCCAAAGACCCCGGCACCAACUUCUGCGCGCCCUCACCCCGCUUUCCGCCCAGCGAGCUCCCUCUCGCGAGCGCGGUAGAGCGGUCGUCCUCUCCCGCGGGCGCCGGACACCCACCAGCGACCAUCGGCCUCUCGCCUCGCGCCUUGCGCCUCGCGCUCAUCCCGCGCUCGCCUCGCGCCUGCCCUGCGCACGCCUCGCGCGUUCCGCGGAGACGCGACGACACCGCGUAG